AUGCCAUCAUCCACACCACCAGCCGGCUUUCUUGGAUUUCUCCUCCCGCUCGCUAUCCUCCGCUUCUUGGCUUUCCAGGCAUGUACGGCCACCAGCACCAGCAAUCGGUUUUCUCAAGCCUACCCAUCUGGUCUCGUGAUCCAAUCCCCCAGGCCUUUGACCGCGUCAACAUUGGCUGACUCCGAACGGGUUUCUCUCAACCAAGCCGAGUAUAUCACCAGCUAUCCUGAUCGUCAUAAGCUGGUCCCGAUUGUGCUAGGAGUCAUGAGCAAAUGUCCUGAUGCCCAAAUAUGCGAAGACGUAUUCGACAAGGUUCUGGCUGAGGUUUCUGAUAAGGUAGACGUCCUGGUCGCCUACAUGGGCGAGAUUGAUCCUUCAACGCAGUAUGGAGUGCGUUGUCGCCAUGGUGAUCCAGAGUGCAGGGGAAAUAUCCAUCAAUUGUGCUAUCGGAACCGAUUCCCCCAACUUCACGACUGGUGGGGAUUCAUCCAAUGCGAAAACUACGCCGGAUUAUCUCGUGUCGGAGACGAAGCGCUCGCCAAAUCUUGCGCAAAAGUCAACCUUCAUGACUGGGAUAAAGAUGUAAAAGAUUGCGCUAACGGCUCUCAAGGGCGGCAGCUGCUCCAAUCAAGCGUCCAACAAGUCAAACAUCUCGGCAUCGAGAAGAGUUGCUCCAUUCUUAUCAAUCAUCAAUUAGUCUGUGUCCAUGAUGGUGGCUGGAAGAAUUGCAAAAGUGGCCACGAGGUUGCGGACUUUGUGAAAUAUGUUCAGCACGAGUACGACCUCAUCAACACUCCCAGUUAA